AUUGUUAUAUCUGUGAUAAUACUUUACUGUUCCUGUUUGUCGUAGUCAAAAGUUACUGCGGCCCUGUCUGUGGUCUAUAUUUAGCAUUUUAACCGGGAACAUUUGCCUUUUAUUAGCUCUAGGGUUAUGUUACGUUUAUUUUGAACGCGUACACAUUAUGCUUUAGUAAAGUGAAUCGCCAUAAAUGAGGCAAACAGGUGAAUUUAGUAGGCCAGAGGUUUCAAAACAAGCUCGCCUCGGGAACAGAAAGCUUCGAUAUUUUCAGCUUUUUUUCUUGGUCUUCUGUCUGGCAACAUUCAAGUAGCCAUUGACCUCAGACUUUGAACUGUGACCCGGAACCUGUACACCGGAGGUCCUCCAGGAUGGCUGGGCGAGGCUCUGACACGAUGGAGCAUGAUGGAUGGGAAACUAUAUCAGAUGUCAGUUUUCCCUUGGGAGAGGGUGUGUCUGGCCGCGGAAGAAGUACAAUCUCUAUGUCUGAUGAGGGAGAGGAGGCUUUCUAUGUGCCUGAGGGGAGACCCUCCCUGGACCUGGGAGAUGGCCUGAGACCCAUGGACACUACUCACUGGCAUGAUGUGGAAAGGGCUCAAUCCCCGGUCCACAGCUACAAUUCGGUAAACAGUGAUACACAAUUCUGGCCAUCUGAUGAACUGGAUGAAGAAACUGAGCUGUCUGCUACUAGAGUCCAGCUGGAAAGAACAGAGUCUUACUCCAGUGGCUACUCCGUGGACAGUGACUGUGAGACCAGAACCAGGAAGUCUCAAGACGCUGCACCUAAAGAAGAGGGUCCUGCAGUGGAACCUCCAAGACCAGAGCUGAUCAAAAACCCAGAUGAGAAGAGGCACCCUGCCCUGACUGUAGACUUCACCUUCAAGGCCAUCAGGAAGACACUGGAGAAACUGGGGAAGGAUGAUUUGAGGACAUUUAAGAUCACGCUGUGGAAGCGCUACCCAGAGUCAUUCAGCUCUCCUCCCCAGGGCAUGGACAUGGUGGACCUGGUGGAUAGACUGCUGGAGUUUUAUGACCUAGAGGUGGCCCUGCAGCUCACCAAGGCCCUGCUGAAGGACAUGGGCCUCAAACGCCUGGAUGCCUACCUCACGGACCUCUGCAAGAAAAAUGAGGUGCGUUAUGAGCUGAGAGGCACUCUGUUGAGGAAGUAUAGCUGGAUGUGUGAGGGUGUUGCCCAGCAGGGAGAGCAUAAGGCCUUUGACAGUAUCUUUAAUGAGCUCUAUAUAACAGACCGAGGCAAUGCUGGGCCCAACAUCGAGCACGAGGUCAGAAAGAUCGACAAGCUGUCCACCAAUCGCAAGGAAGAGAAGCGGAUCACCUGUAGCCAGAUCUUUGACCCCGAUGUGAUUUAUGAGAAGCAUGUGAGUCAUAUAGUGACCAACGGCAUCGCCGGGGUAGGGAAGUCUAUGGCCGUGCAGAAGUUCAUCAUGGACUGGGCAGAGGAGCGCAAGCACAAUCAUGUCUACUUCCUGUUCCCACUGCCCUUCAAAGAGCUCAACCUCAUGCUGAAACUGAAGAUCAGCCUCCUGGAGAUCGUCCACACUCUCUACCCCGAGACCAAGGCGUUGCCCACCUUCGAGUGCGACGAAGGCAAGGUCAUGUUCAUCUGUGACGGGCUGGACGAGUAUGCACAUUCCCUGGACUUCCACCGCACCGAGACUUGGUGUGACAGCACUGAACCAGCCGCCAUGCACGUGGUGGUAACCAACCUGAUUAGGGGCAACCUGCUCCCCUCGUCUCUCCUCUGGAUCAUCUCUCGCCCCCUCACCUCCAGUCGGCUGCCCCCAGAGUCUGUGCACCAGGUGUUGGAGGUCCGUGGCUUCACCAACGAACAGAAGGAAGAGUACUUCAGGAGGAGGUUUCAGGACCCGGCGCAGGCCGAUAAGGUGAUUGCCCACCUGACCUCCUGUAAGACCCUCCACAUCAUGUGCCAUCUGCCCAUGUUCUGCUGUGUGGUGCGGGAGGUUUUCCAGCACACGUUUAGGGAGAAGGGGCCGGAUGCAGAGCUGCCCAAGGGGCUGACCCUGAUGUACACUCGCCUGCUGCUGGUGCACCUGCAUGUGCGUGGUGCCAGGGGCUCAGCCUCCCGCACCCCGGAAGAGGAGAGGGACUUCCUGAUGAACCUGGGCAAACUAGCAUUUACAAUGCUGGAGAAAAACCAGAUGGUCAUUGGCAAGGCCACCUGGAAGGACUGCGGCGUGGAUGUCGCUGAGGCUGUCACCAAUAGUGGCCUGUGCAUUGAGUUCCUGAUCGAGCAGUUUGUCAUGUACCAGGAGAGGAUCCAGACCUUCAUCCACCCCACCAUCCAAGAAUACCUGGCUGCCCUCUACGUGUUCCUCACCUGGAGGUGUACGGGGCAGAACGUCCUGCAGCAGCCACGGAAUAGCAAGUUCUCACGCAUGUUCAAGGACCCCGGGCUGCUGGACAUGCACCGCAGUGCUAUAGAGAGAAGCUUACAGAGCCCCGAUGGAAACCUGGAUGUCUUCCUGCGCUUCCUGUUGGGCAUGGCCCAGACAGCCAAUCAGGAGCUGCUACAACGCUUCCUACCUGAUAAGAACAAAUGCUCGUCGGCCUCUGAGGAGACGGCCGCCAUUAUCAGGAAGAAGAUUAAAGAGAACCACUACCCUGACAGGAACGCCAACCUGCAGUGCUGCCUGGACGAGCUUGGUGUUGGUGCUGAAGCUCCCAGACGCAGCCGCUCAAACUCUGUGAAGAACUAAUGACUGACAAUACUCUGACUACAGUAUUUAUAAAGAUGUAUAUAUUAGGUUUGAAAUAUGGGUUGUAUAGUUAUAAAAGUUUAUCUAAGGAAAUUGGGGAAGAAAUAUGGACACUUCAGGGUUGCUUUGUAACAAUACUCAACUGUGGUAGUAUUGUGGAAAUAUGUCAUGAGAAGUAGCCACAAGGUGGCAGUAGCAUUAUACUACUGAGACACGAGUGAAAGGGAUGUGUGACAAAUUACAUAUUCAUAGGCAGUCACAUCUAUUGACUGUAUACUUAAUAUAACAUUGUGAUGAUGUUUUAAACCAGGUAUGUGCAACUGAUGGGGGUGGGGGGUCACAAAAUCAUAACUCAAGACAGGCCGCAAGUAGCGCACAGGUCUGUGUACCCACACAUGCAGUCAGAGCCGGCCCCAAGCCUUUUGCGGGCAAAACAUUUUAGUGGACCCCUCGACAAGGAAGAGAAACAAUUUAAUUUCCUGCAAUUCUACACAUUUUGCCAUGUGGUCGAGAGAAAUGUUAGCAGUUUUUGAAUAUGAUAUCUGAGUGAGAGUUACUAAUAAAAUCAGGGGGCCCCUGGAUGGUAAUUUGACCAUGAUUACUACAACUUUAGAUGGCUAGACUUACUUACCAAUUUAAUUAAGUGACAUUUCAGAUGCACAACCAAAUUUCAAAAAUGCACCUUGCAGGGUUGGGUCAAUUACAUUUAAAUUCAGAAAGUAAACCCAAUUCAACACAUUUUCCUCAUUGAAAAGCAUAAGAAGAUAGUUUGAAUUAUUGUAUUUCCUGAAUUGAAAUGGAAUUGACCCCAACCCUGACACCUUGUGUAUUCUACUAUUCUAACUCACAGCAAGUUGAGAUCCCAACUGAGUUCCUAAAAAUACAAAAACAUUUGGAAAUUGAUUCGCAGGCCUACAGAAGGGGGGCCUCCCUGCUUUACACAAUGGUGAGCUCAUAUAAAACACUAAUGAUGCAUUUACAUGUGCUUACAAGGUGCACAUAAAUGACAUGAUGCAACCUUAUUUGCAAUGGCUGUCUACUUCCAGAACAGUUGUGGUCUCUGUCAUACAAAACACAAUUGAAUCCAUUUCUAACAGAAGGGCAGAUGAAGAGAAGUUCCCUCUGAACUAAAUUGUCUAAUCUAGGUUAGAGUCUGUGGCAAAAAAAGUCAACAAUUUAAUGUAUUUAUCUAUCCCUAUUAUGUGAGUUCUCAAGAUCGCAUUAGAAUCCAUAUUUGACUAUCACUAGAUGGAGCAAUAGAAAUGCUACGUGGUACAAAAAGUACCCAAUUAUCAUACUUGAGUAACUUUCUAUUAAAAAGGUCAAAGUGAAAGUCAGCCAGUAAAAUAGAGUACGUGUUUGGUUUUAAAUAUACCAAAAAGUAAAGUAUCAAAAGUAAAUGUAAUUACUAAAAUAUACUUAAGUAUUAAAGGUUAAAGUAUCAAUCAUUUAAAAUUCCUUAUAUUAAGCAAAGCAGACAGCACCAAUUUAAAAAUGUAUGGAUAGCCUGGUGCACACUCAGACAUUAUUUACGAAAGUUGCAUGUGUUUAUUGAGACUGCCAGGCCAGAGGCAGUAGGGAUGACCACGUGUUCUUUUGAUGCUUGAUGCUUGAUGCUUGAAUUCGACUAUUUUCCUGUCCUGCUAAGCAUUCCAAAUGUAACAAGUACUUUUGGUUUCAGGGGAAAUGUUUGAAGCAAAAAGUACAAUAUUUUCUUUAGGAAUGUAGGAUAGUAAAUGUUGUCAAAUAUAAAUAGUAAUGAACAGAUACCCUAAAAACUACUUAAGUAGUACUUUAAAGUAUUUUUCUUAAACAUGAACACCACAGAAGGGUUUUGCAGGUCUGAUGGACCCACAACAUUAUUGGGUUAACACAGCCAUAACAAUUUGUAAAAAUACUUCAUGUAGACAGCAUACAUGGUUAACAUUUGCCAUUUACCUCUGCUAGAUCACAUAUCAAUAAAAGCGCAAUUAGUUUAUUUUACAAUUGUGAUUUUUGUAAAUUUAUCUAUUAUCAAGACAUGGGUGGAAUAAAUCAUGUUGAUCUUGAACAAAUAUAAAAGAAACAAGGUUUUCA